AUGAGGCAUCGUUCCCCUCUGUUGCGCGCCUUCGUCUGGGCAGCCACGCGCUCCUUGGUGCGGAGCUUCUCGCACGCGCCCACGCGCAAUCUAUGCGACUCCAGCCUCCGCCUGCCGGGCCUGCGCGCCGCCGCCACAGCGGGCGACGACGCCGCGGCCGCUCGCGACGUCGCCGACGACGGCGCGGCCGCGCCUCGCGUGCGGCGCAAGCGCUACGCCGGCCGCUACCCGCGGAACUUCAGCGAAAAAUACAAGGAGCGCGCGAACGACGCGGCGACCGUCGAGCGGGUGCUGGUGAAGGGCGGCACGCCCGCGGGCACGCACGUGCCCAUCAUGGUCGCCGAGUGCCUCGAGCACCUGCGCGUCGGCGACGCCGCCGUCGCCGUCGACUGCACCCUGGGCUACGGCGGCCACUCGACGGCCCUCGUCGCGGCGCUGCCCCGCGGCGCGCGGCUCCUCGGCGUCGACCGCGACGGAGAGGAGCUCGCGAAGACGGCCGCGCGCCUCGCGGAGGCGCCGCGCGCGGCGAGCGGCGAGGUGACCCUGGAGCAGAUGCACUCAAACUACGCCGCCGUCGGCGACGAGCUGGCUCGACGGGGCCUCGCGGUCGACGCGCUCCUCGCGGACCUGGGGUGCUCGUCCAUGCAGGUCGACGACCCGGAGCGCGGAUUCACGUACAAGCGCGAGGGUCCCCUCGACAUGAGGAUGGACACGUCGCGCGGCGAGACCGCGGCGGACUGGCUCGCGCGGAGCUCGACGGCCGACGUCGCGGCCGCGUUCCGGACCGCGGCGGACUUUGGGAAGCGCGACGCGCGGGAGCUCGCCGUGGCCGCGCGGCGCGCGCCGACGCCGGCGACGACGACGGCCUUCGCGGAGCGAGUGAGGGGAGUCGCCCUCGAGGAGGAGACGGCGGACGACGACGCCGUCAAGCGCGCCAUGCAGGCCCUGCGCGUCGCCGUCAACGACGAAUUCGCGUCGCUCGACGCGCUCUUGGCGAGCCUGCCGGACGCGCUCGCGCCCGGCGGCCGCGCCGUCGUUUUGACGUUCCACUCGGGCGAGGACCGGCGCGUGAAGCAGGCGUUCAAGAAGGGCCUCGCCGCGAACGUCUACUCCGCCGUGGCGCGGCGCCCCGUCCGCGCGUCGCCCGAGGAGCGGCGCGCGAACAGCCGCUCCGGCUGCUGCAAGCUCCGGUGGUGCGUCCGCAGUAAGGAUUAA